GCUUGCAACUUGUGUGUGCAAAAUCGCUUUCCUUGGUUUGGUUGUUUUGUUGAUUGGCCUGGUCUGGUCUGGUCUGGUCUGGCAUAGCAUGGCAUGGCUUGUUUAGUAAAAAGCACUGUGUUCACUUGCAACCGAUUCAGUCUUUGACGAGAUUUUAUCGUCUACGUACGUGUUUUGCUGCGAUUGCGCUGUGCCAAUUUCUAUGCACGUUUAUUUCUAAACACGAGAAAAAUCCAAAUACGCGAAAUUUAGACUGCAGUUCAGCUCGGUCGAUGCGUCAUACAGCAUUCAACAGUCUUCAAGAAUUGUUUGUACUCAGCUUGGUGCUUCUUCACAGUUCGUCGAAACUGUAAACUCACGCUGCGGUUUUUAACGUCUGCCCGGUUGGAGCGGCAGCAGCAGUUUUCCGUUGUUUGCACUCAUUGUUGCACAAUAAUUCUGUUCCGUAUUGUUGACUUAUCACAAAUUUGCCAUCAUUCACGUGCACUUUGCUCGAAUUUGUAGUACAACAAAAGGUGGCGCUUGUGUUCUUGCGGAGCUAGAAAGAAAGGAAGUCCGACGAUAGACCGAAUUAAUUUUCAAUAUUGUACGCGAAAAAAUCGUGAAAACGUGUUUGUGUGCUAUCGUGUACGUGUUCUCCGUCUUCCGACAAAGUUUGGUUCGAUUUCAAGACGAUGUCCUGACUUCUUCCAGGAAGUAUCAACUAACUUUCGUCUGCCGCUGUGUAACUUUUGAUAAGAAUUAGUUACGGGUUAAGAAACUUUUCAUCAAUUAGAGACAAAAAUAUUGUCUGUAAAUUUGUUAUUUUGUUAUUCCAACGCCUCGAGGAAGAAUCACAUAAUUUAAUUACUAUUUAUACAAAUAACUGUGAAAAGCCGUGGAUUUGCGUAAACUCUCUCGGCUUUAGUGAAGAAUUCAGUGGAAGAAUUUGAUUUUCUAAUUCGUUGACUUUCUUUUACGGGUUAAUGUGUGUUUAAUAUAUUAAUUUGUCAAUUUGUCACAUUUAACAAAGCAAAAUAAAUAUAUUUUGGCUUUUCAUUAUUAAUUAUAAAAAUUAAAAUCUAAAAUUUAAUAAAAAAAUAUCUCAUAAUGUUGCUGCUUAAAGUGUUCAUUGUCAGUUUCUGCUGCAUUAUUUCCCUCCAACAUUUUUCACAAUGCGCUGAAGAACGAAAGGGAAGAGUAACGGAAAAGGAUACAGCAAAGCAAUCCAACAUUUUUACAAUCAGAAAAUUGGAUACGGCUACUAAGGAUGGAAACAUGAAACAGUCAAAGCCACAAAAACAACAAAAGCAAGAAAUUAAGUUGCAACAACAACAACAACUGUUACAGCAACAACAGCAACUACAGCAACAGUCGAAAACGGGUAAAGUCAAGUCGGCGAACAUAUCAACCGAAACGACGAAGCCGCCCAGAACGAAAAAACUGAAGAGCGCUACGAAGAGUUCUCAUAGCAUGAAUAAGAAACUUUUAAGCAAAUUGGGUUUUACGAAAGUAAAGGCACCCAACAGCCACAACCGGAAACGUUUGGCAAUUGAGUCACGACGUCAUGCUUCGCCCGAUGAUUCACACAUGUUCAUCAUAAAAUUACCGCCAAAUCUGUAUUAUUACUCGAGUCCCAAGGAAGCUGGCGUGCAAGCGAACUCGAAGAAUGCGUUGGUCCAACAUGCGCAGACAGAAAUUGAGACGAAGCCAGCGGUGCUUAACGCUGAUGCUAACGGGAAAAAGGUAAACAAGAUGCCAUUUUCAUUCCAUAUUAAUUCUUAG